GCGGGGACACGAGCUCCGGGCGGCUGCAACUGGCUCCAAGUUCCCUCCCUCGCUCUCCCGCGGAGCCUGCCUGAGCCCGCCCCUCGGUGCGGAGGUGCAAACGCGGCGGCGGCCAGCCCAGCCCUUCCGUUGCCGCGCGAUCUGGGCCCGUUCUGCCACCGCGGGCGGCUCGGAGCCGGCGGUGAGGACCCGGCGGCCGCUUCAUCUCGGCCUGCAGUGCCCGGCGGGUCCCCAGCUCCUCCUCGCGAUCUCUGGAGCCUGGCCCCUGGCCUGGCUGCCUUCAGGGGCCGGAGCUCGGCUAAGUUGGUCCCGCUCAUCCCCUCCAGUCUUGGGAGUCCUUGAUCUGAUGUCUCUUGAUGGAAUUUUGCCUUCUCCAGAAUUUCAAAUAUUUCCUGCUGCAGAGGGCACUUUAAGCAAGGAAGGCUUUCCUUGGCUUCUGCCUGCAUUCUGUAAAACACUCAUUGCCUUUACGGAGACUUGGAGCAGAUGGAGAACUAAAAUUUCCAGUGCCUGCUAGGCCCCGCCUCUGUGGUAGUUCACAGUCCUCACUAACUGCUUACUCACCUGGAUGAGGAACCUUCCUACAGCUUUGCCUUCAGCCUGUAGCCUUUGCACAUACUUCUUCCCUGCACGACCUCAGUGCUCUGAGGAUGGCGCCGCUCUUUCUCUCUGCUGCAGUUGAGCACAAAGACCUGAAGGAGACUCCCACAGCCUUCAGGGAGAAGAAAGGAGGCAGCCAAGCCGAUUAAAAGGAACUUGUGGCUUGUGGCCUUUUGUGCGGGGGCUGCCUGGUAGGGGAGAGGAGUGCGCUGAAGCCACGGCGGCGGUUAAUGAGCUGUGAGAUGAGCAGCAGCUGCGGCUGACACUGCUUCCAGGAUCCUUCGUCGCCCUUUGUGCUUCAUGUACAUGUGUCUGUUCAGGCCGGCCAGAGGCGCCCAGAAGAGCAUCCACCACGGCUGCCGGGGAAAGACCGCCCACCAUGCCCACGGAGACGCUACAGACAGGUAGCAUGGUGAAGCCGGUCAGCCCCGCAGGCACCUUCACGUCAGCGGUGCCCCUACGCAUCCUGAACAAAGGACCCGACUACUUCCGCAGGCAGGCCGAGCCCAACCCCAAGAGACUCAGUGCGGUGGAGCGGCUGGAAGCUGACAAGGCUAAGUACGUGAAGAGCCAGGAGGUGAUCAACGCCAAGCAGGAGCCCGUGAAGCCGGCUGUGCUGGCCAAGCCCCCGGUGUGCCCAGGAGCCAAGCGUGCACUGGGCAGCCCCACUCUCAAGGUGUUUGGCAACCAUGCCAAGACGGAGAGCGGUGUGCAACGCGAGACCCUCAAACUCGAGAUCCUCAAGAACAUCAUCAAUAGCUCCGAGGGCUCCAGCUCUGGUUCUGGCCACAAGCACAGCUCCCGAAACUGGCCUCCUCACAGGGAUGCCACUGACCUGCACCGACACUCCUUUGCUGAGUCGCUGAAGGUGUACCCUACGCCUGGGCGAGGCAGCCCACAGGAGAGCAGCUCCCAUGUGAGCAGGAGACUGCUGGAGCAGUCCCCAGAGUCUUUCCUGCACGUCUCACACAGCUCCUCGGACAUCCGCAAAGUGACCAGCGUGAAGCCCCUUAAAGCCAUCCCCUGCAGCAGUUCCGCCCCUCCCUUGCCUCCCAAGCCCAAGGUGGCUGCCAUGAAGUCCCCUGAGGCUGACCAAGUGGAACCAGCCUGUGGGGUCAGCCGGAGACCUUCCCUUCAGCGGUCUAAGUCAGACUUGAGUGACAGGUAUUUCCGAGUAGAUGCAGAUGUGGAGAGGUUCUUCAACUACUGCGGACUCGACCCGGAAGAGCUGGAAAACCUUGGCAUGGAGAACUUUGCAAGGGCUAAUUCUGACAUCAUAUCCCUCAACUUCCGCAGCGCAAGCAUGAUCAGCUCAGACUGUGAACAGUCUCAGGACAGUAACAGCGACCUUAGAAAUGAUGACAGUGCCAAUGACCGGGUGCCAUAUGGCAUUUCUGCUAUCGAAAGAAAUGCUAGGAUCAUCAAGUGGCUAUAUAGCAUCAAACAAGCUAGAGAGUCACAGAAGGUGUCCCACGUGUAAGAGGCACCGCGGUGGAAGGAGGGGGGUGGGUCUGUCUGCACACACAGUUGUGAAGGUUGUGAGGUCUCCUUGAAGUGUUGUGAGCUUCUCCACUCUGUGUUGCUUGCUGUACGAUGUCCUCGAGUUGCAUGCCUGUCAACAUGGCAACUGGCCUGGCCUCCUUCCCACAUCUCUGCAGAGUCUUGCUGAACACUCAUCUGCCGAAAGUUUCCAGCCAGAAUCUGACUAACUAGGGCUUUGCUCUUAAGCAAAACUGUUUACAGGGGGAAAAAAGUUUUCAAUUUCUUCAAUAUUUAUGUGGUUCUUGUGUUUUUAUACCCCGCAUUAUUGUGUCUUAAUUAAAAAUUUUAUCAACUGGCUUUUAAGUUGAAAACAGAAUCUUUUUGAAAUAAAAAGCCACUUUGCCUACAUGGGAGAUCAUAACACUGGGGAAAUGUGUGGGACUGGCUACCAGAGAAUGACGGACAGAACACAGAACGAGGCUAGAGUUUUUUUAUGUGGAAUCAGGUGAUGGGCCUUGCCCUUGUGGUUCACAGGUUGCCAUUUUCUUGCUGCAUAGUGGAGCAUAAUGGGGCAACAGUGCUGUCUUGUGUCCAGUUCAGUGUAUUUGUGGGUGGUAUUUUUGUAGCAGGAAAAGACAAUCUGAUAAAACCCAGGAUGAGCAAAUGCCAGAGGUUCAAUAUUGGAAGGAGGGUGGGGAGACUGUUGAUGCUGUUAAACUGGGAUAAUUCAGAAAUAUCUAGUAUUAAUCUGACAGGAAGACCCACCCCAAAGCUGAUUAAAACUGAUACUGAAUACUUUUUCAAAAAGUUAUUUUGUGGGAUUUUUGUUGUUUUUGUUCUGCUUUUUACCAAGAACUACUAACACGUGUUGUUUCUCUUUUUGGGGCGGGGCAGUUGGGCCUCUGCAGGUUUGCAUUGAGGACAUGAAGGGAAGUGAGAUUUUCAUCGGACAGUGCAGUCCUCCAUUCCACAGUGCGCCCAUCCAUUGGGAAGCAGAGUCACAUCUCAGCAGUGUGAUUCUGUUCCUUGCUUAGAUUCUCUCAGGCUGUGGGGAUUUGUUACAGCUCUAGAGAACUGUAGAAACACUGUAGCUGUCCACCUUGUUGUCUCUUUGCCUCCUCCCCAGUAACCUGCCCUCCUGGUGAUUUCAGGAGCUACCAGACAGCUGCCAAAGUGCUGGCAGUGGAAGCAGAGGGCACCAAGCAGUGCCCACAGGUUCUCGGCAGAACCACCUUAGUCUCCAUCGGCUACUAGGAGCCUUUAAAUGGUGUGAAUGCUGUAAGACUUUGUACAUACUUCAGUUGUUCUGGAACCUAAGAAGAAAAGAUAUGCUAAUAAAUAGCUCUCAUGUAGGUUCUACCUGUGGUGAUUUCUCUUUGUCCUUUACUUUUUUCUUCAUGAAAAGCUAACUUUGGGCUUUGGGCCAGAAGCACAUUUUUUAUAGCCUUCAAGAAACAUUAUUUCAUUAAAUUGUUCUCACCCUAUCUCAAUGAUUCUGAUCAGCACUAUUCUUAAUUGUAGUUGCUUCGGUGUGCGUUGGCUAAAAUAGUUACUGCAAGGUCCCUAAAAUAUACUGUCUCUUCACUUAGUUCACACUUCUUUUAUUUUUGCCUUUCCUUAAACAUCAGGAUUUUUCACAUUUUCCAGGAGACUCUACAGUCGAAAUAUUUGUGUUCUUAACUGCAGAUGCAUAUCUUUGAAAUGACUACCCCUGUUCUCAAUGGUGAUAGCCCUCUCUGUGGCCUUGUAUUUGCCUACUUUCUCAUCUUUCAAGGUGGCAGACAAUGGCCCACCAUGGUCAUCAGCCUCUGCCUCAAAAGCUUAGACUACCACUGCUGUGUAAAAGAAGCACUCCUCCUAAGGGGCUGUGGUUUUUCUUUCUCCUGUUACUUGAACACUAAGUAUUCAAUGAGUAUUUAUUCAAUCAAGUUAUUUGAAGAAAAUUUCUUCUAAUUAAGGUUAUACUUAAUAUGCAAAUUUAAGAAAGCAUUAUAAAAAUGUAAUUUUCAAAAACAAUAAUGACUGUCACACUAUUUUAUUGAUAAAUACUUUUUUCCUGAAAGGCAAA